AUGGAAGGAAGCAUAAUAGCACAAACUGAAAAAGACUUUACUUCUCUGAAGUUCAACCAGCUGACCAUUCAUGGCGAUAUCUCCCAUUCAGCCUAUGCUUCUUCUCCUCACGUCACUCUUCUUCUUACCCUCUUUGCAAGCUGCCCAUUUUCGAUACUGCAAAAAUAUGUUUACGGUAACAUCACUCGUGUCGAUGUCUCUCCAAACCCAGUGGACGGCGGUGACGAACCAACCAUUACGUUUUUCGGUUUCGUAAAUAAUUCAAGCGCCACCAUUUACAGAGGAAAACUGGAGGUGUACAUUUAUUCGCAUUAUCUGCAUGUUGACACCAGUCGCAUGCUGGUAACAAAAAGAGUUGAUGAAAACGACGGCAUUAUUGAACGUGGCAAAAACUUUAAGUUAAGUAUCCGUCUUCCUGCGAGCGAAGCCAAUGAGGGUGAAGCACCAAUUUCCGUAACAUUGAUUGAUGAACGUCCGAUAUAUGAUGACAAGCCAGUGCCACAAAAAAGACUCUGCUUUGAUAUGUACUUGCCUUCUACAAAUCACCCAGAACCCUCUACUUCUUCUUAAUUAAUCUACUUGGCUGAUGAUGAGAAUAUGUUUACAAAGUCAUUUUUAUUAGAGAGAGACACUCUCCCUACUUGUAUUUGUUUUUGUGUGUGUUUUCUUGUCCAACAAAUAAAAAGAAAGCUCUAACCGAUGAUACUCUUUGUUGUAAAUUUGCUUUGAUCUCUAUGAACCGG